AUGGCACCUCAACAAAAUCACCAGGACACACAUAGGCAGAACUGGCAUGACACUAAAUCCACCAUUCACAUUCUCAACACCAUUGCAGUCACACUGACCACUGGCAGGCCCAGAGAUGUCUUCACUGCUGCAUUUGACACUCAUGGAGGUGUCACACUUGUCUUGGCAAAGAACAACUCUCCCACCACUGAAGAUGACUGGGCUGUUCAUGACUUGUUCAGGUGGAUCACUGCUCCUGAGACUAUGGGGGCAUAUGACAUUUUACCUUUCCUAUUUACUCAUUGUGGGGUGAACAUUGCAAAGCAGAUGGUGAAGAUGGAUGAUGCUGUGCAUGAUUUCUCACAUGGCCUCGAGGAAGUCUUAAGGCACUACACACCUGUCUCCUCCAUCGACGAAGAGUUUCCUUACUCUAUGACUUGUCACAGUCUCCAGUAUGGUGACCAACAGGUCCCAUUUGUGAAAAUGAUGCAUGAAUUGUUGGAGGUUAUCAGGGGCAGAUUUCAAGAUUUCAACUUACAGAAUCUGUCAGCAAUGCCAGACAUCUACUGCUGCUAUGCACAGCUUGCACUAGUCGCCUUCAUUCUCAAAAGAUCCUGUCUUCUACAUUCACUCUGCAAAUCCACCAGUCCUAUGGAUCGCAACUGCAAACUGCAGGUGGAACAACUGAAAUGCCACCUUGCUAAGGUCUGCCAGUAUUACCAUGGUAUUGAAGACCUCGUCGAUCAUAUGAGGUGCCAUUUCCUGCAAGGAAUUGCACAUUGCUGGGUCAACCCAAUUCAUGACAUGGGUGAAACUACAGUUAAUCUAGAGGGCAACUAUUUGGGGGCCAUUGAACAGGCACCCAGCAGUGUUUCUCCCUCAGUGGACACUCUAACCACAUUGUGCAGAAAGUUCCCAAACAUGGGAGGGACAUGGGGUGCCAGUCAUUCUAUCACAACUCAACUUCACACCGAAAUCCACAUCCUGCUUCAUCUCAGCAAGUCAUUCAAUAUUUUGAAUUGCUCCCAGCAGCAACCUAUUGGAUGUAGCAAACAGAGUUCCUUAUGCUGCACUUUGUGGAUCUGGGCAUAUAAUAACAAGUACCGGACAAAGUGGCUGACAUCUGGGUCGCAUGGAAAGCCUUACUCUGCCUGGGCUUUGCCUGGUUACUCCUAUGCACAUGCUUGGGCAGCAAACAGGCAGAGCGAUGUUGAUAUAGCUGUCAUGAAAGGGGUUGAGAAAUGCCUAAUUCAGACUAUUGCUCAGCUAUUUCCAAACCAGAGGAGGCUCUCUGAUGAAUUUCAGUGGAGGCUGGAGAUGGUAGAAUGGGAGUCCAAGCUUCAGUUUGUUGCAACUAACAUGGUAACUACCGUUGGGCUCUGUUGCACCACUCACAAUGGCAUGUCAACCAUGAAUUGUUGCAAUGGGUGCUGCAAUGCAUUGCAACAAAAGUAG